GGCAGUGGCCGAGGAGGCGGCGCGGCGGACGGCGGCCCGAGAGUAGCGCCCGCGCUGCGGCCCGCGGGACCGCGCCGCGACCGCCCGGGCCGGCCCGGAGGAGCGCCCGCCGCCGCCGCCGCCGCCGCGCGCGCAGCGAGGGUAUGAACGUGAUUUCUGAUGAAGCUGGAUUGGGAUAAUUUUCAUGAUUUUUAUAUAUUUAUAUAUAUAUAUGUAUUUUAAAAUUUUUCAUUUGACUUAAAGUGCCAUGAGAAAAUUUGCAUAUUGCAAGGUGGUCCUAGCCACCUCCUUGAUUUGGGUACUCUUGGAUAUGUUCCUGCUGCUUUACUUCAGUGAAUGCAACAAAUGUGAUGAGAAAAAGGAGAGAGGACUUCCUGCCGGGGAUGUUUUAGAGCCAGUACAAAAGCCUCAUGAAGGCCCUGGAGAAAUGGGGAAACCAGUCGUCAUUCCUAAAGAGGAUCAAGAGAAAAUGAAAGAAAUGUUUAAAAUCAACCAGUUCAAUUUAAUGGCAAGUGAGAUGAUUGCACUCAACAGAAGUUUACCAGAUGUCAGGUUGGAAGGGUGUAAAACAAAGGUGUAUCCAGAUAAUCUUCCAACAACAAGUGUGGUGAUUGUUUUCCACAAUGAGGCUUGGAGCACACUUCUUCGAACUGUUCAUAGUGUCAUUAAUCGCUCACCAAGACACAUGAUAGAAGAAAUUGUUCUAGUAGAUGAUGCCAGUGAAAGAGAUUUUUUGAAAAGACCUCUAGAGAGUUAUGUGAAAAAACUAAAAGUGCCAGUUCAUGUAAUUCGAAUGGAACAGCGUUCUGGAUUGAUCAGAGCGAGAUUGAAAGGAGCUGCUGUUUCCAAAGGCCAAGUGAUCACCUUCUUAGAUGCCCAUUGCGAGUGUACAGUGGGAUGGCUAGAGCCUCUCUUAGCCAGGAUCAAACAUGACAGGAGAACAGUGGUAUGUCCCAUCAUUGAUGUGAUCAGCGAUGAUACUUUUGAGUAUAUGGCAGGCUCUGAUAUGACAUAUGGUGGAUUCAAUUGGAAACUCAAUUUUCGCUGGUAUCCUGUUCCCCAAAGAGAAAUGGACAGAAGAAAAGGUGAUCGAACUCUUCCUGUCAGAACACCUACAAUGGCAGGAGGCCUUUUUUCAAUAGACAGAGAUUACUUUCAGGAAAUUGGAACAUAUGAUGCUGGAAUGGAUAUUUGGGGAGGAGAAAAUCUAGAAAUUUCUUUUAGGAUCUGGCAGUGUGGAGGAACUUUGGAAAUAGUUACAUGCUCACAUGUUGGACAUGUGUUUCGGAAAGCAACACCUUACACGUUUCCUGGAGGCACAGGGCAGAUCAUCAAUAAAAAUAACAGACGACUUGCAGAAGUGUGGAUGGAUGAAUUCAAGAAUUUCUUCUAUAUAAUUUCACCAGGUGUUACAAAGGUAGAUUAUGGAGAUAUAUCAUCAAGAAUUGGUCUGAGACACAAGCUACAAUGCAAACCUUUCUCUUGGUACCUAGAGAAUAUUUACCCUGAUUCUCAAAUUCCACGUCAUUAUUUCUCAUUGGGAGAGAUACGAAAUGUGGAAACAAAUCAGUGUCUAGAUAACAUGGCUAGAAAAGAGAAUGAAAAAGUUGGAAUUUUUAAUUGUCACGGUAUGGGAGGUAAUCAGGUUUUCUCUUAUACUGCCAACAAAGAAAUUAGAACAGAUGAUCUUUGCUUGGAUGUUUCCAAACUUAAUGGCCCAGUUACCAUGCUCAAAUGCCACCACCUAAAAGGCAACCAACUCUGGGAGUAUGACCCAGUGAAAUUAACCCUGCAGCAUGUGAACAGUAAUCAGUGCCUGGAUAAAGCCACAGAAGAGGAUAGCCAGGUGCCCAGCAUUAGAGACUGCAAUGGAAGCCGGUCCCAACAGUGGCUUCUUCGGAACGUCACCCUUCCAGAAAUAUUCUGAGACCAAAUUUAAAAAAAAAAAGAGAGAGAGAGAGAAAGAAACAAAAAAGGAUUGACUGGGCUACCUCAGCAUACAUUUCUGCCACAUUCUUAAGUAGCAAAAAAGGAAAAGUGCUUUCCUCUGCAGGAUGUAGGUUUAUCAGCCAUUAAAACUCAGACUCCUCUAGCUUUUCACUAGCUGUGAACCAGCUUCCUGUCCAAGGACGUGAGACUGCACACUGAUGUUUACAAGAUUGAGUCUUUCAUCAAGCAUCAUGGGAAAGAAUAUUCAGACAACAAAACUCAAUCACGAAAUGUGCUUUCUGGAGAACUGUACCUUUUAUGGUCUGCCUGCACAUCAGUAAUUUCUGCUGACUGUGCUAUCAUAAUGAAGAUAUUUCCAAGAUUUUUUUCCUGAUUAGAACUGGUAGCCAGUAUAUUAACUAUUGAUACACAAAUAGAUGAAAAAGAACUGGAACCAGAUUCACAAUCAUGAAAACAACAUUUUUACAACAAUUUUAAAAAAAACUAUAUUAAACAGGGUUAAAAAAAUUACAACAGAACUAUGAGAAGUACAAUUUGUUAUAGUAUAGUAUCAAAUUUCUAUAUAGAUUUUAUACCUCAGUGGGGAAAAAUAACUGAUUCCAAUAACAUUCAUUUUGUUUUCAUCUGUGAUAGUCAUGGAUGCUUUUAUUUUUCUUGGGGUGCUGAAAAUGAGCUGGAAAGUAAGCUCUUUGAACAUAGAUUUAAUUUCUGCAUUUUUAUUUGGUUUGUGGGCUGUUGGAAUUGUUGAUUUUUAAUUGCCUUCUAAAAUGGAGAAUUAACAUGAUGGUGUCUGGUCUCAACUGUACAAGUUAAGAUAUUUCAGUUGUUCUUGGGUCAGUUGGCUUCUAGUGUCUUUCUCUGUCUCUCUGUCUCUGUCUGUCUGUCUGUCUCUCUCUCUCUCUCUCUCUCUCUCUCUCUCUCUCUCUCUCUCUCUCUGUGUCACACACACACACACCCCUCACAGAUUUUUUGCCACAUUAACUUCUUAAUUCAACAGAUUAUGCUUAAUACCCAAGAUUCAUACUACUGUGUUACAAAUUUGUUUUCCUAGCAAUAAAUUUUCAAUUCUUUAUGAUUCCACAUAACAAAAGGCUUACAGAGCAUUUUAUUACUUAGGUAUUUCGAGAUAAUACAUACGAUGGUUUUUUGGAAAACCUUUCUACUCCAUACUCAGAUGUACUUCAUUGUCAAGUGCAUACUUAGAUUAGAUUCUUGAAUUGUGAUGUUGAUCUGCUGCUUUUUUUUUCAAAUAAAAUUUGACUGAAAAUGUUCAAUUGACAUUUUUUUUACUGAGUUAGCCAAAGAAGUGCAGCCAUUUUUCCUUAUGACUUGUCCUGCAUUUCUUUCCUAAAUUGCAUUUAGGUCAAAUUGAUUUUACUUUUGUCUGACUUUUAAUAUUGGGUAUCCAUUAAAAGUUGAUGUCAGUUAAAGGGAAUUUUUUAUCUCAUAGAAGGAAAAUCUUGUGACAUUUUCCCCGAUAUGUAAAGCAAUCCAUUGGCAAAAGUGCAUAUAUUUUUCCUAUUUGUAAGAUUAUAUUUAAUGGUAGUCAUUUCUUUGAUUAUCAAAGACUGUCACUGCAGGCAGUGCCAUUGUGCCUGAGAAUGUUUCUGAAAGUCGUAUCACUCAUGAUACUUGCCAACUUGGGUGAACACAAAGUUUCUCAUGUCCUUUUGUUAAAAAGUUAACCCACAUUGAGCCCAUGUGAAUGUUGCAGGGUGAGGCCAUAACACAGAAUGUAUAAACUGUCCCCCGGAAGUUUGAAGUGAUGCAGGUGCUGGAUGAAAUUUUUUUUUCCUACUCCAUAGCUGUGUUCAGUAGGCCUAAUGCUUGAAUAAAUCAAAUGUCUAAUCAAUAAAUUAUUUUCGUGCUCAGAAUUUCA